AUGUCAACAGGCGUACGGACCGUCAACCUCGAGCGCGCGCGCAAGGUCGCGCUCUCGCACCUGACGUCCAAGCCGUCCAACAAGUUUGUGCACAAGACACAAGGCCGUGUGCCCAAGUUCAAGGGACGAGGCUUUGUGCACCUUAAGGACCGUAUUCCGCGCUUCAACAUUAUCAAGGGUGACCGUGUGCGGAUGACUGUCGGCGCGCCAAAAGACAAAUUCAACGAUGCGGAUGCAGGCCUCAUUUCGGGAUACAAGGUGUACACGGUGGCGGAUGUCGACAAGACGACGAACCGUGUCUAUCUCGAGGGCCUGACGAACAGGCGUGCCAACUCUCCCCGGCCGCUGCCGGCCGACUUUGAUAGCCUCUCGCCCGAGACGCAGAAGGAGUGGACGGAGCAGAAGAACUGGGUCGCAACCCAGCGUCCGGUCCAGUACUCGAAUGUACAGCUGUGUGUCGAGGAGGCUGGAGCUGAGAGCGUGUUUGCUACGCGUGUCAGCACUUCGCCGCCAGUGUUUGACCGCGCCACCAACCGGUUCGUUUGGGAGCGUUUUGCGGCCAAGACGAGCGCGCCGACCGCCAACCCUGUCGACAAGCUCAAGGGCCAGCUCCGCAUUCCCUGGCCUGUGGUUGAGGCUUCCAAGCCAGAGGCCCCCACCGCGCAGGACACUCCCAAGAGUGUGGCUAUGCGCACGACGCUCAAGCUCGCUGCGCCGACCGACGUGCCUGCCACCCUUGUGCCAAACUCGCUGCGCGCGCCCGCACCGUCUGACCAGACCUGGGCGAACAAGUACAUCUUCCAGCCCAACGCCCGGGCACAGGGGGCACUGCAGGCUGCGAUGCCACUGUACCUUUCCGAGGAGCUGUCGCCGCGCUUCUCCAGGGCGAAGAAGCAGAGUGGAUGGACGGCACGCCGGACUGCCGAGGCCGAAGCGCGCGCUGUUGCCGUCAAGGCGGCUGUGGAUGCGUGGGUGGCUUCUGGCAAGGACAAGGGUCUGUCUGAGCUGCUGAGCAACGACCUCAUCAACCUCGCUGGCGUGCAGAUCCGGCCGCGUACCGAGAACGAGGUGGGUGAGGUUGCGGGCCGGGCGUUCGACGAGGAGAUCCGUCUGGCGCGCCGCGAGGUCAAGCACCACGCUGCGGCUGGGCGGGUGUUCAAGGACGGCCAGUGGGUUGCGGGCGACAAGGGGAUCAAGCUCGAGGCCAAGCGGGCACGCAAGGAGCGCAAGGCGCGCAAGACGCUCGAGCGGCUCCAGAGCCUCACUCUGGAGGACGCCAAGAACCAGGUCGUCCCACCCGACGUCCGCAAGGUCGGCGCGUAA